AUGAAUAUUACAACUAUUACAACUACCAAGCAAUUUGUGUUUAAGUGUUACCUUUGGAAACGUCGGUUUCUUGGAGAAGGCUUCAUCGAAACUUCAGUUGAAUCCAAGGAAACAGCUGAAACAGUAGCUACAGGUGAGUCGGAGAACACAAUUAAAGAUGUUGCAAAAGAAGCUGAUGAUGAUGAGGAUGAUGAUGAUGAUGAGGAGGAAGAACAGGAAGGGGAUGAGGAUGAUGAUGAAAAUGAAGAGGAAGAAGUGGUAGUUGCAGAAACUGAGAAUCAAGAAGAAGGAGAGGAUUUAGUUAAUAAUAAGGCUGCUGAAGCUAAGAAGCAUCUUCAAAUGAUUGGAGUCCAACUCUUGAAAGAAUCUGAUGAAGCAAACAGAACAAAGAAACCUGGGAAGAGGGCAUCUCGUAUGACACUUGAGGAUGAUGCAGAUGAGGAUUGGUUCCCAGAGGACCCAUUUGAAGCAUUCAAAGAAAUGAGGGAAAGGAAAGUAUUUGACGUGUCUGACAUGUAUACAAUAGCAGAUGUUUGGGGUUGGACAUGGGAGAAGGAUUUUAAGAACAAAACUCCGAGGAAAUGGUCACAAGAGUGGGAAGUCGAGUUGGCAAUUGUACUCAUGACAAAGGCAAGAGUCCCUUCAAACCUCUAA